AUGGGUGAUGGUGUGGUCAAGAACGGCGCAUAUAAGUACGAUGAUGGAACGAAGUACAUCGGCGACUGGAAUGGACGUGGACUUAAACACGGGGCUGGCAGUUUGGCAUUACCGGAUGGAACAAGAUAUGAUGGAGCUUUUCAAAGUGGCCUUUGUUCUGGUCUAGGUGUGAUCGUUUUCCCUGAUGGGGCUAAGUACGAGGGUGAAUUCAUGCAAGGGUGGUUUCAUGGACAUGGCGUUUUCUGGCGUGCGGAUGGAAUGAAAUUCGAGGGUGAAUUUCGAGGGGGACGCGUCUGGGGUUUAGGUCUUGUUACUUAUACGGACGGAUCUCAUGGAUUUCCAAUGAACGAGGGAUUUUUUCAGGAUUGUCGACUGGUCCGACGUCGACGUUGUCCUGAAAUCGUUCAGAAGGCGCAAAAGAUAUCGAUGAUGGCUCGUGCUCAAGGCACAUAGAAUACACGAUUUUCAUCGUGUUAAUUAUGUAGUUUACUGGGACAUAAAUAAAAAAAAUUUAAUGAAAAAAAA